GAUCGUACACCCUGUAGCUAAGGCCGGUCCAAGUUUCAUUCCCACCAUGGUUACUGGAUAAUUCCAUGGAAUAAUUGCACCCACGACUCCAAGGGGUUCUUUUCUCGUCAUUACGAAUACAUCUCCAUCUGUUACAAACAAGAAAAUUAUGAUUCAGCAAUACAUCUGUUAAAUAUAUUCAAUUGACUCAUAAGUGCCAAUGGUAUAAGAUCAAGCCGACAAGUGGUAGAACCUGAUUGCAAAAGAAAAAAAUUAAAGAUGCAGAGAGACUGCUUCAUACAAUAUGGAAUCAAAUCCAGUUUGUCCCGGUCGACCAAAUGUGACUUUCAGAGUAAUUCAAGCACUAGCAAAAGAGCUUCCUGGUGUUCACAUCCCGGUACGAAGCAAGAGCUCGGAUCUAGUAGAACCAAUCCUUACUGGUUAUUUAAAUGUAGUAGCAAGAGGUAACUUCAUCAUUGGAAGAGACGAAGAGAAUAAACUUUUUCCAAUAUAUGAUAGUGAUGCACAUUAUAUUAAAAUGGAAAUAGAAUCUAAAAAGAUCAAGAGAAUGUCGGCUGAUGAAAGUAGUCAAUACGGUAUGUUCGCUUAUUUGCCAUGCAACACUGUAAUGCUUGUAGAAAAUCCUCGGCAACCGCCCAGAAGCCCUACCAUCAGAAUCGGUGGCAGAUGUACUCAUAAAUAAUUUGGAAUUCAAGAAAAAUAUAAAAUGAAAUAAAAUUAUGUUUUCACUCCGAAGCCAGAUUAUAACAUUACGAGCAAUGGAACUUACAGUUAAAAACGUCAGUAAAUUAUGAUUCUCAACAUAAUAGUAACCU